UAUAUAUUUUUACAUAUGUUUCGAUAGACGUCGCCAUUAAAAUAUGCUAGUUUCUCGUUUUUUUGCCUUGAGCCAUCAACGCUGCUCGAUGGCUUUUUACGCCGUUUCCAGUGGGCGGAGGGCAGGAGUCUACAACUCGUGGUCAGAGUGCGAGGAACAGACCAAGGGCUUCAAGAAUGCCAAGUUCAAGAAGUUUAAAACGCGCCAGGAGGCGGAGCUAUUCGUUAAUGACUGCAAAUCAUACGCUCCACAGGAUGUGGCGGUGCCUCUGGGACAGAAAGAGGCAGCUCCGGCUAGUUGGAAGGACAGGACCGAGAGAAUCAAGAAACCCAAAUACACCGAGGCCUGGCCUGAAGACGAUAACGGCCUUACGGAGGAUGACCUGAAUGCUGCUAUGAACGAAGUGGAAGGUGUUCCCAAGCCAUCUAGUAGUAACAAUUUGGCAGACAUACUUAAUCGCAAAAGGAAGGCCAAUGAAACUGGUGAUAUUAGGAAUAAGAUCCCUCGACAUCAGUCUCAGGUCUCAGAAGCAACUGGACUUAAAAAAGUUGGUGCCUUUCAAUUCGAAAUCGAUUCGGAGGGUUAUGUGAUUGUAUACACAGAUGGAUCCUGCAUAGGAAAUGGAAAACCAGGAGCCUGUGCCGGCUAUGGAGUCUAUUUUGGCAAGGAUCACCAGCUAAAUGCAGGCAAGCCCGUUGAAGGACGCGCUACUAAUAAUGUAGGUGAAAUUCAGGCGGCAAUUCAUGCCAUCAAAACAGCUCUAGACUUGGGAAUCAAAAAACUAUGCAUCAGCACAGACUCACAGUUCCUGUUAAAUUCCAUCACCCUUUGGGUUCCGGGAUGGAAAAGAAGAGGUUGGAAGUUAAAGAACAACCAGCCUGUAAAAAACGUUGUUGACUUCAAGGAACUGGAUGAACUGCUGCACAACAACAGUAUCACUGUAAAGUGGAACUAUGUGGAGGCCCACAAGGGAAUAGAAGGCAACGAAAUGGCCGACAAAUUGGCGAGACAAGGAUCCGCCUUGUACAAGGAGAGAAAUUCCCGAUAAGCUUUUUUAAAUGUAAGC